AUGGCGGCACGCCCUAUGGCAUCACAUGGACAAAUGAGCAGGCAGGCCAUUGCCAUCAAUCUUGCCGAGCUCCCUUCGGAGCCGGAGUCGGACGGAGAGCCGACGGCUUACCCUGGAGCGGGCCCGUGGUGGCCGCCACACGGCCCUCUGGCGCCGGUUCCGGUCAAUGAGCCGACCGGCGAGCGCGUCCACAGGGAGGCCACAGACAUGUUCAACCGUUUGGUCUCCCAGGAAGUCUCCUGCGCAGUUGCUGACACACUGGCAAGAAGGGGCAUUUUCAUGAACCUGGCUGUCACUUGCGUCGAGCCUGCAGCAGUCACCCAAGGGUCCAUGGCUAUCUAUGUGCGACCUCUGGCGCCUCGGGAAGGCGAACACCCUUGGACCGUCUACGUUAGCCAGGACUUAGCGGAUGAAGGCUCCGCAGCUGAGGAGCCUAGUGCUGCGGCGAUCGGUCCGUUUGCGCAAUGA